ACAAAAUUAUCUUUAGAAAGGAUCAGAUCCACUUUUACUGGUCGAUUAGUGCUGUGAAAAUCAUAUCAACAACAUCUGAAAUGUGUGACAUCCUCGGAAGUUCAAAAAGCGAAGAACUUGAAACCACUGAUAAUUUCAGGUUACAAGCGCUGAGCUACACAUCUCACCAUUUAGGAAAUCAUUUGCCUGCGUGUGAGCAAUGGAGGAAAUUUCUGUCCGUGCUGAAUCUGCUGAACAAGACAACCCAAAACCGUCAACACAUCACACAGGUCCAAACAGCUGUAAGGGGAAUCGUUAUUUAGGUGUUAUUGUGUUUUGGAGUCUGCUGGGUGUUUUACUUCUAACUAGAUUUGUCACUCAUGGUGUCCACUACUUCAUUAUGAUUGAGGAAAGAGACAGCCUGAAUGCAAAUCUCUCAGCUGUGAGUAAAAAACUUGCCGUCAUGAGUGAGGAAAGAGACCUGCUGCGUGCCAACCUCUCUGAAAAUCUCAUAGAGUUUGAAAGGCUUCUGAGUUUGUCCAAACAGAAAAAAACAUGUCCUGUAGGAUGGAGCAGCUUCAGCCAUAGCUGCUAUCUCCUCUCGGAAAGAUCUGGUUCCUGGGAUGCAGCCAGAAAGGACUGCAGAGACAGAGGAGCAGAUCUGGUGGUUAUUGACAGCCCUGAAGAACAGACCCUUCUCUCUAUGAUCACCAUAAAAAACGCUUGGAUUGGUUUAAAUGACAAAGAACAGGAGGGAACAUGGAAAUGGGUAGAUGGGACUCCACUGACUCUGAUGUACUGGGCAACAACACAACCUGAUAAUGGUGGAAAACAGGACUGUGUUUAUGUCCGAAAGGAUGAGAGAAGGUCUUGGGAUGAUGGUUGGUGUUUGACAGAUUAUCGUCAAUGGAUCUGCGAAAAAACACCAAACCCAAAAAAUACAUGUCCUGUAGGAUGGAGAAGCUUCAACCAUAGCUGCUAUGGUAAAUGGUAA